AUGGAAUUUAAUUCGAAACAUCGAAAAUUAUCCAAAACUAAAAAUUCUGUUCGUACUCCUUCAUCCUCGAAACCCCGUUUGACUAAAAAGAAGGUAGUGACUCGAAAACGAAAAUGUGUGUGCCUUCCUGAAAAUUAUUCGGUAGUAGAGUUUCCAGCAAUAUGGAAUGAACUGCGACAGAAUGGCCAGCUUUGCGAUGGCACAAUUGUCUGUAGGGAUAUGAAAUCAAUACGAGUGCACAGGGCGAUAUUGUCAGCCGUUAGUCCUUACUUCAAAGCAAUAUUUAUAAACUCAUUGAAGAAGGGAGAGCCAGAGGAGACGGAGAUUUUCGUCGAUGUUCCCAGUUAUUACAUGAGUUUGAUCCUUGAUUAUGCGUAUACUGGGACAUGCACGGUGACGGCUGAGACUGUGGAGUUUUUAUUGCCAUACGCGGAUCAGUUCGACGUGGUCGGUGUUAUACAGCUAUGCUGCCAGUUCCUCUUAUUAGAGCUGAGGCCACACAACUGUCUUGGAAUAUUUAAAUUCGCUAGGUGUUAUUUCUGUGGGGAGUUAGAAAAGAAAGGAAAAUUGUAUAUAAGACAGAAUUUUAGCCGAAUACUAAAAGAAUGCAGCGAAUUCAAAUCACUGUCUUAUGAAGAAUUAGAAGACGUGCUAAGAGAUGAUGAGUUAAACGUUCGAAAUGAAGAGAUAGUAUUCCAAGCAGUAAAAACGUGGGUAGAGCACGAUUUGGAAAACAGAAGGAAAUAUAUUCCAUCGCUGUUAUCUUGCGUGCGAUUCGGCCACAUUAGCUAUAAAUAUUUUAAAUCAAAAAUAUUACAAUGGCAGCCCGUUGUAGAAGACGAGAAAUGCCAAGAAUCAUUGUAUCCAGCGGUGGUAUUUUUAACAUUGUUGGAUUCAAGACCUGGCACAGAGGCAGACCUUAACGAUCCGCUAGCGAGGCCUCGAAUACCAUACGAAAUACUCUUCGCUGUGGGUGGUUGGAGUGCCGGCAGCCCUACGAGUUUUGUCGAAACUUAUGACACGAGGGCUGACCGCUGGUUCCUCUCAAUCCACAUGGAUCUGACCCCGCGUGCGUACCACGGUCUGUGCACUCUGAAUAACUUGAUUUACAUGAUUGGCGGGUUUGACGGCAGCGAUCACUUCAAUACGGUACGGUGUUACGAUCCCGUCGGGAAUACUUGGCACGAGCGCGCCUGUAUGUAUCAGGCGAGGUGCUACGUCAGCGUUGUGGCUCAUGACGGACUAAUCUACGCGUUAGGGGGCUACAAUGGGCGUACUCGGAUGUCGUCUGUGGAGCGCUACUACCCGGACAAGAACCAGUGGGAGAUGACCACGCCUAUGAACAAGCAGCGCUCGGAUGCCAGCGCCGCAUCUCUGGCCGGGAAGAUUUACAUAGUAGGCGGAUUCAACGGCCAAGAAGUGUUAAGUUCAGCAGAAGUGUUUGACCCUGAGACGAAGCAGUGGAGUUUCAUCAGGUCAAUGCUGUCACCGCGGUCGGGCGUCAGUCUCAUAGCGUAUCGGGAGUGCUUGUACGCCCUCGGAGGGUUCAACGGAUAUAGCCGGUUGAAUACAGGCGAGAGAUUCAACCCGAACCGCGGCGGGGACUGGCAGGAGGUGACGGAGAUGUUCAGCGCUCGCAGCAACUUUGCCACUGUACUGCUCGACGACAUGAUCUUCGUUAUCGGAGGAUUUAAUGGGUCGACAACGAUCCCGCACGUGGAAUGCUACGACGGCGACACGCUGGAGUGGUACGACGCGGCGCCCAUGAACCUCAACCGGUCCGCGCUGAGCGCGUGCGUGAUCGCGGGCCUGCCCAACGCGCGCUCGUUCUCGUACCUGGCCAAGGCCGUGCCCGCCGCCGGCGCCGACCAGGCGCACCACUCCUAG